AUGUUGUCAAGAUUGGGUCUCAGAACUGCUGCGAGGCUUCCACGUGUCUCUCCUGCUAGCAUCAGAUGUUUGACCACUGAAACCACAAUCACAGACCACGCUACUGGCAAGGUGAUCAAAUUGACCGACCCAGCUCACCCAGAGAUUGCAGACUACCCAAACCCAAAGCCUGAGCUUGCCCAAUACAAGGACCCAUACGCCAAGUACGACUUCCCUCAGUUGAGAAGAAACUACGGUGACAAGUUGAAUAUCAACGAUGACAUGUACGACAUGUGGUCCCCAGACCACUUCCUGUUCGUCUCUGACAAGACUGCCUUGAAGCACAACGCCAUUUUCUUCUCCACCAUUCUUGCCAUUGCCGCUGGUAUUUAUUUCUUUGAACUUAACCCAGAAAAGCCAGCCAUGCCUAGAGCUUACCCAUACAACGGUUUGGCCAAGGACUUGGGUUCUGGUUCUGAACAGACCGACUACUUCUACAAAGUCAAGACGGAUGAGACUGCCGCCAAGGCCGGUACUUUGCCCGAUGACGCUGACGUUAAGGCCCAGCAGGCUGCAUAUGAGAAGGCCAAUGCUGACUUUAUCAAAGCCUGA